GUCAGCUCGUCAGUCUCGUUAGCACAAUGGCGUGCACGUUACUCGGUCUCUCGUCUAUUUGCAACUGCUACCGCCGACGUUUCUGAGCGGAGGUACGGCCCAAACGUGGGACCGUCCUUUUGAAGCGCGGGAUAAAACAACCCUUAUCCCAUCACACACACACUACAAUCUCUUCUUUCCUCCCUCAAAACCGUCUUCCGUAUUACAUAUUAUUUGCUUGCAACAAUCAAGCAUUUACUCACGUAUUGUAUACGUAUAUGCCAACCUAUCACAAGCAGCCACCCUCUUUUUUUUUCGCAACAACAGCCCGUCGCUCGUGCCGGAGCGAAGGGAAAAAAAAUAAAUAAAUAAAACGAGCGCGCUCGCGGAAGUUUUGUGCACCGAAGAGAAAGAGGAGUUAAAGUUGUUACGAAGUUUUCAUGCUAAAAGUGAAGAAGACACCGGAAGAGGAGAUACUGUAGUCCAGCGCAAGCGAGAAGAAAAAAAAAUUUCGCGUCCAUCCGGUGCGUGUAUCGAUCGUUAUAUCCUCGGUGUACACACACGGAGGACGACCAACCUCGAAAGGAUUCCAACCGCGACGAGAUCAAAGGAAGAAUUCCUUUUUUUUUCGAGCAGACGACGGUCGCUAACAACGUUCUUGGAGCGCCGACUCUACAUGUCAUAUGCCCCCGCUCAGGAACGUAUUCGGCACAUUUACGCAGACAAACGAGGACCCACUGACGAAGGCCAUGCACACCAGCACCAGCAGCUAAUAGUAUUACCCUUCGUCCGCGCACCACAAUCAAAAUCGAUCUCUCUCCGUCCACACACACUCACGAGGUGUGAGACAAUGCUUGCACCAGCAACGGAACACAUUAUUAUUAUUGUCACAAAUGUUGAUUGCUAGUGAUGCCUGCACCUAUACAACAUAGGUAGAUUGAUUACAUACCUAUACGGUAUACCAUCGAAUAGGAGCAGUGCAACAGCAUCAGGCAAUUGGAGUAUAGCGCGAUGUACUUGGGUAUUUGAGUACCUCGUUGUACUCGCGAUCGUCAUUAUCCUCGUCAAUUUUGUUGUUAUUGUUAUUGUUGUUAGUUGUUGUUAGUUGUUAAUGUUUCAAUACAUGAAGUAUGAUGCACGUGUGCCCGAUGUACAGCGAGUACUUGAAAAGUGUUCGUGCGACGCCAGUGUGUCUAUAGGACAACGAGAAUAAAAAUAAUACCGCCCGAGCUCGACCCGUACAUCGAAAUAAUAUAUAUAUAGAGUUCAGUGCGUUUCGAAAGUGGCCGAGCUCGCGUGUAUAGCCAAGUUAGUGUGAAAUUAGUGCAAAGGAUCCGUCAAGCGAGUAUAAUUAGUGCGCCAUGAGACUCGAAUCCCGGCAUCAGCAGCAGCAGCAACCGAUGCACCUGCAGGUGACGCGCACUCAGAACGGCAAGUUCCUCGUCAGUCCGAACUCGAGUCCCGAUCCGCACCUCCACCAGCCCCACCAGCAGCAGUUCACCUACCAAACGAGUGGAGGUAGUCACCACCACCACCACCACCACCGGAACAACCAUCGCCAUCACCACCACCAUCAUGGCAGCCAACUGCAGCUGCAACAACAACAACAACAACAACAACAACAACAACAACAGCAACGGUCUCCGACAGCAGCCAGCGGCAAUGGUGACGAUAAGACCAGUCCGGGGGCCGUCGUUCCUGCCCCGGUCGCUUUUGCGAGCUGCGAGCCCAAUCCCGCCUCGCAACAGGAUGCCCAGGGCCCGACGAUACUCGGGGAUCGCUUCCUACUGCUCGGCACCGCCGAGGGCAGUACCCUGUACAAGUGCGUCGACGUGCAUACUGGACAGCAGCUCGUCGCAAAGGCGCUGACACUGGGCGACAAGAGCACGGACGCCUUGCUCCAAGCCCACCUGCGAUUGGAGGGCACGGGGGCGGCGAGCAGCGUGGCCGGUUCCGUGGACGCCGGGCGCAAAAGGUACCUGCUGCUCGAGGGCCACCACGGGGACCUCCACGCGUACGUGAGGGCGCGCCGGAGGCUCCGCGAGCUCGAGGCCAGGCGGCUGUUUCGCCAAGCGGCCCAGGCUGUGGCUACCUGCCACGACAGCGGAGUCAUACUCAGGGACCUCAAGCUCAGGAAGUUUGUCUUUGCCGAUGAGGACAGAACGGAGCUGCGGCUGGAGAGCCUCGAGGACGCGGUGCUGGUGGACGAGGACGACGACAAAUUGUCGGACCGGCGGGGCUGCCCGGCGUACGUGGCGCCUGAGGUGCUGCGCUCGGGUCGGGCGUACUCGGGCAAAGCGGCGGACAUCUGGUCGUUGGGUGUUCUGCUGUACACGAUGUUGGUCGGCCGGUAUCCGUUCAACGACGCGGAGCACGCGAGCCUCUUUGCAAAGAUAUCCCGGGGUCACUUUGCCAUACCGGAGGCCCUGAGUCCUAGGGCGCGUUGCCUGGUCAGGGCGCUGUUGAGGCGAGAGCCCUCCGAGAGGCCGGUGGCCGAGGACGUGCUCAGGCACCCGUGGCUCGCCAAACCCGUCAGGCAGAGUCCGUCCGGGAGUGGUGGGUGCCACGCGAGGACCGGCAGCGGGGCUGCCGGGGCGGCCGCUGGUGGCACGGCCUCGCUGGACCAGCUCGUACCAGAGCAGACCAAUUCCACUUCGAGUGGCAGCAACGGCAGCAGUAGUAAUAAUAGUAGCGUUUACCCGAUCCGCAUGAGCCAAGACUGAGCAGUGCAGCGUCGAGUUGUAGCUGCGGCUUUUAUUAACUCUUAAUGUUUCAUGAUUGUGACGACGAUGUCGUUUGGUUUUUUUUUUUUUUUUUUUUUUUGCUUUGCGUUGUCGCUUCGGAGUCGAGUCAGAAGAGUUAGGAGGGAAACGGGGGUGAUGUAGAAGCGCUUGCUUUUUUGACAUUAAUUGGAUAAAUCAAGCGGUGUAUUUUAUUGUGAUCGAUGUGGAAAGCAAUUCGGUUCGGGCGCCAGGGGGGUUCCCGUAGGCUCCACCAAGGUUUUUUUUUACGUAGUUUUAUCUCUGGAACUUCGAGGGUGGAACCUCGAAAAAUCACGCAACAAAAGUUAUGAACAAAUUUUUUACAUACAUAAGGGUUUUGCAUUAAAAAAUUGUUUUCUUAUUCUUUGGCACUUUUGAAACAAAAAACCAUUUAGAAUGUAUGUACCUAAACCCCUACAGUUUUCUAGUAAAAAAUUCUCAAAGUUCUAAAAAAUUCAUUUUUUGUUAUUUUUAUAGCCUUAUCAAAGUAUUGAAAUAAAACAUUUGAGCGCUUCAGUAAUUACGAAACGCUAAGGCAGAUAGGUAUAGGCCUUUUUUGGAAAGCUGAUAGUAAAUGAUAAUGUAAUGUGUCUGCAUUUUUUUAAGCUUUGGGAAUCUUUUACUCGAAAACUGUGAGGUUUCGGUAAAUACAUCCUAAUUUAUUUUCUUUUUAUACUGUACCAAAUAAUAAAAAAUUAAAAAAAAAAAUUUUUCAUCAACAA